UUUUUUUUUUUUUUUUUUUUUUUGCUGGGAUGUCGUUAAACAUUCAUUCAUUUCUUUUCUUGUAAGCAUAAUUUAUUUUUUUGUCUUCUGCUUUCAGAUAACAGCUGUAAAACAGACUUAAGAAACUUCAAAAUCUUGUUUAUAGGGCUCUACAUUCCUGCAACUCAACACAGACGAUGCUUUGAGACUAAUCUAGAAGUAGAAGAAGAAAAAAGAUUAUAAAAAUGUAUUCAAUGCUUAACUGUGCUGUGGCGUUUCAGACUCUUUGCGCUGUCUGUGUUCUAAGUCACAAACCCAUUGUAAAGACAUCAAAAGGAUCAGUUCGAGGAUUCGCCAAGAAUGUCAAUGGCGUCCAUAUGUCUAUCUUUCUGGGCAUUCCAUACGCAAAACCUCCCACGGAGAUGCUCAGAUUCAAGCCUCCGGAAUCACCCGACAGCUGGAAUUCCUCUGGUAUCAUGAACGCGACUCUUUCGAAACCUUCCUGUCCCCAGAACAAGGACGGACUCUCAAACGCGUUCGGGCCAGGCUUUGAAAUUACGGAAACGAACGAAGACUGUCUGUAUCUAAAUAUCUUUGUUCCAGGGACAUCGAGAAAUUCCCAGUUCGGUUCUUGGGCUGUGGUAGUGUUUCUACACGGCGGGGAUUUCCAAAUGGGAUCCGGGACACUCUACGAUGGCACUGUUUUAGCGUCAUAUGGAAACGUGAUUGUCGUCACGAUGAACUUCCGUAUCGGGGUUCUGGGUUUUCUAUCAACAGAAGACCCGGCUGCCCCCGGUAACUGGGGUUUGUUAGAUCAAAGGUUGGCUCUGCAGUGGAUACAAGACAACAUACACGGAUUUGGGGGAGCUAGAAAGAAGGUGACGAUUUUCGGGCAUGGGUCCGGAGCUUACAGUGUCGGACUACACAUUCUGAGUCCGAUGUCACGUGGUCUGUUCGCACGAGCUAUAUCUCUGGGCGGGGCAAUAGCCUCACCGGCUCUGUUGAACACAGAUCUUAGAAUGAGGGUCAGACAUUUGGCGAUGAUGGUCGACUGUCCGUCUGUGAUAAAAGACGAGGUCUCGUCGGAGAAGGUCGUGUCCUGUCUGAGGAAAGUUCCAGUUCCAGAUCUCAUCAGACACGACCAGCACUCUGACGGAGCAUUUACGCCAACGGUUGACAACCAUUUCAUACUACGUGACCCAGUCACCAUAUUGAAAUCCACAAACUUUACUGCUGUAGACUACAUCAUUGGUGGAAACGCAGACGAAGGGACAAAUAUUGCUAACAAUAUACAAAACUUUUUCACUGGUCCUGGAAUGAGUCAGUCGGAUUUUGACAAAUAUACAUCCAGCAUCUCAUCCUUAGCACUUAAAAAGCCAAUACCAAAAAUUGUUGAACCAACAUUAGCAGCAAUGAUCUCGUCAAAGUAUUAUCCAAGGGAGGUAAAUCAUGGCAACUUCCGAAGAUCCUAUUUGGAUGCUUUAGGAGAUGUUAUGAACAGCAAGAUAUUUGAGACUGGAAUGUAUUACUCGAAGAGGGGGAAAGUUUUCGUCUAUCAGUUCACACACAAGCCAUCGCACGCUCGUUUCCCUAGUUACGUGGGGCCGGGCCACACCGAGGAACUUCCGUUCAUCUUCGGUUACAUUUUGAAGAACGGAACAGACAACGAGAAGAAGCUGUCAGCGGAUUGGAUGAAAACCUGGGGAGACUUUGCCAGGACAGGGAAUCCCAAUUUCAACAACGGCAGUCUCGUCUGGACGCCCUAUGGCUCCCCAUCGCGGAGUUAUUUACAAAUAACGGUGAACAUGACGAACCAAAAUAUCAACAGCGAGUGGAAACCUGGCGCCAGGAGAUUUUGGAACGAGGCUGUACCGGAAGUCGCCAAGCUGACGAGGAGUACUCCCAAAAUGCCUGUCAUGAAAUGUAAUAAUUUGAACUGGGGAUUAUCUGCUAAUGCGGUAUGAUUGAUUAUUCUUCUUGUGUUUUUCUUUUGGAUUUUUUGUUGUUUGGUGGGUUUUUUGGUUGUUGUUUUUUUUGUUAGGGUUUUUGUGUGUCUUUUUUUUUCGUCUUUUUUUCGUUUUAUGUGUGUCUUUUUUAUAAAAAUUUUGUUAUUAUUAUGGUGGCUUUUUUGGAUGUUUUUUCUGAUGGUUAUUGUUGUUUGGACCUUUUUUGGGGUGGGGGUGUAUUGGACUUUUGGAGGUAUCGUUUGUUGUACUUAAGUUUCUUUUUUGUUUCCUUUCUUUUCCAAAUAUCUUGUGACUAAACAGAGGAACAAAAUUUCAUUUGUUUUCUGCGACUGUUAGUUUGUUUUGUUUUGUUUAAUGACACCACUAGAGCACCAUCGUCGGCUAUUUUGAGAAAUUGCAGGACUUCCAAAAUAUCUGAUUACGAUUAGUUUUGUUAUCUUAAAUAUCUUUCAUUACGGUAGACCUAUUCUCUGAUAGAUUUUUUCCCCCGUUCCAACCAGUGUCGCACGAAGGAAGGAAAUGGUUUAUUUAAC